AUGCAGUCCAGCCGCCUUCAUUCGUGCAGUGCAGUGGCACAGCUAUCUGCCCAUCCAUAUUGUCGAUUUCUGAAAAAUGCUAUCGUGAUUCCGAUCAUCAAACUUGCUCUCGGUUUGAUCGGUAGGUUUAUAGAUCAUGCUCUCGUCCGUGGCUGCCCACACUUAAAUCUACUUCUACAAUCAUCAUCUAAAGCAAUGGCAAAAACUCGUGCAGCCACUUCCCGAAGAACUCGCAAGAUGGCACGACGUGAGCAGUCAUCGAGCCCAACGAGGCCAGACAAUCGCGACAUCACCCCAGCGAUUGAGUUUGGCCCCCAGAACACGCCUGCGCACACACCAGCCCCCGAAGCUGCCCGCGAUCGUGAGUCUUCGCUUGGUCUAACGGCAAGAUUGCAAGGUAUCUAUCACGAUCAUGAAGAGAACCCAUCUGAACCUCAGCCUUCCGACCUGCCGACGAUCAAUGAGAACAGCCCAACAAAGACCACCUCGCUUUCUGUCAUAGUGGUUGAAACGGGAAAUCACGAGGCUUCGAACCAAACACCUCGUGGCAACCACGAAUCGGCAGACCCCGCCCCCGAAAGUGGAGGGCCUACAACUAAUGAGCAACCUGGCGGUGAAUGGACCGAGGUGACAUUGGGGAACGACAUAUCUAUACUAGAGCCGCCAACCCGCGCUGGGAAGCCGCGAAAGUAUAAGCGGAGAAACAUGCAGCCUUCAAAAUCCAAUGCGCCAGGGAGCUCGGCUGAGCAUGCUGCAGGAAUUGGCAUUCAACACAGACCCCUCAAGCAGUAUGAACAUCAACUAGAGCAACUGCAGCUCGGAUAUGUUACGGCUCCAGAUCAAUCUCAACAGCCCCCGACGGUGACCAUGCUGGCAGGCGGCCGUCCAUCAGCAGCGUCGGCAACUACAGAGAAUAUGCUCCCUCAACCAGCAGCAGGUAGCCACGCCGUUUUUUACCACCAUCACCAACAGCCUGCACAAUGUUGUGAUUCAAGCCAAACGACGAUGAGUCACGAAGCUACCGAGGCUCCUCCAACUGCCAUGGGCACAGGGACGUCGAGUCGAGCCCCGAUAGCCCCGGGACCUUCGUACAAAUCCGUGGCUGUGAUGCCGCCAGGCCCUCGGCAAACGCUGGCUCAUAAGGCUCUGAAGAUUUUACAACCUGUUCUACAUAAAGAUGACAAAAACAUCUUCCGCAUAAUUCGCGAGUUCAGGUACAUUGGUAAGAUGGUCUGGCAUGACCUACAGGCCCAUAUCGGGGUUGAUACGAAUGCCGUGAUCGGGAGAUAUUACAAUCCUCGGAUGGCAAUGCUCGCUGUUUAUAUGUGGGCUAAUUGUCAGCAUUUGGUGGCCUAUACCGAGAUUUCUACAGAGCUCUGUCUCCCACCUGGAUGCUUGAACAUGUGGGUCAAUCAGUAUACUUCAAAUUGAGAUGUUUGUGCGCGUUUUGGGUUACAUAGUCUUUUUUUAGUCAUAUGUCAACAAUAAAAUCCAGGUGUCAGCAAAUACCGCGAGCGAAGGCGCUUAUGUGGCCAAUAAAGUGAAGAAAUCCGCGGUCUGCUUUGGCAGAACAUAAAUACUGAGCAGCUGCACAUACAACAUCCUUAAUCACUCUCUAUUACUUACUCUCCCUUCACUAUGAAUACAUCUGCCAUGAGUGCAAAUCUGCGAGUUUUUGAGCUUAUAUUGCGAGAAGAACGCCUCCAGUUUCUCAAAUUGGUGUUGAAAUCCCACAAAACCAUCCGACAAAAGCGCUCUAGGAAUGCAGUUUUGAGGCAAACCCGGGAAGAGCGAAAGUUGCUCAAAAUGUUUGCAAAAACGCUCAAUGAGCUUGGAAAUGUGGAAAUACACUUGAACAAUCAGCAAAAACUAGCCUUGUCGCUCGCCUAUGAUGGACUGGAUGAAAUGCUUGAGUAUCAAUUCAUAACUGGGAACAUGUCC